CGAUAUUAGCUAGCGCUCGCUAACGGUAUUCUCUGCUAAAGGGAAGACGGUAACUCAAGCAAAUCAACUCCUGGAUUGGUUAAAGGACUGAACCUCACUAAGUUAUAACAGACCGAGAAAGGAAUAAUUAAGCUGUAAACGUUACAACAGACGUUUGAUUAUUUUUUUGUUGUUGGGUGUCUGUUGUCUCACGAUGGAAGAUAACGGUGCACAUUUCUUCGAGGGGACCGAGAAGCUGUUGGAGGUGUGGUUCUCUCGCCGGGAUGAGACCAAAGGAAACGGGGACCUCCGUACCAUCCCAAGGUUUGAGUGGGACAAACUUUUGGAAAAUGUGCAUUGUUUGAUCAUAAGUGUGACAAAGACUGACAAGCAGGAAGCUUAUAUACUCAGUGAGAGUAGCAUGUUUGUCUCCAAGAGACGUUUCAUUUUGAAGACAUGUGGAACCACCCUCUUACUGCAAGCACUGGAGCCUCUGCUGGAACUCGCCAAGGAGUUCUGUGGCUUCGACGACGUCGAGAAUUUCUUUUACUCCCGCAAGAACUUCAUGAAGCCAGCCCAUCAAGAGUACCCUCAUCGGAACUUCCAGGAAGAAGUGGACUUUCUCAGCCAGAUUUUUCCAGAUGGUGCAGCCUACUGUAUGGGGCGUUUGAACUCUGACUGCUGGUACCUGUUCACUGUGGACAGGCCAGAACACUGGGAGAAAAAGUACGCUGAUCAGACGCUGGAAGUUCUGAUGAGCGAUCUCGAUCCAGCCAUCAUGGACCAGUUCUACAUGAAAGACGGUGUUUCUGCAAGUGAGGUCACUCGUAUGAGUGGAAUUCGUGACCUGAUACCAGGUUCUGUGAUCGACGCCACAAUGUUCAACCCUUGUGGAUACUCAAUGAAUGGGAUGAAGACUGACGGAACCUACUGGACCAUCCACAUCACCCCAGAGCCAGAGUUCUCCUACGUCAGUUUCGAAACGAACCUCUCCCAGACAUCGUGUGAUGAACUGAUCAGGAAGGUUGUGGAGGUGUUCAAGCCGGGAAAGUUUGUGACUACACUUUUUGUCAAUCAGAACUCCAAAUGUCGCAGUGUCUUUUCUACUCCCCCGAAAAUUGAGGGUUACAAGCGCCUCGACCGCCAGCUGGCUCAAUUCAAUGAUUACAAUUUUCUCUUCACAAGCUACAACAAGAACAACAAGCAGCAGAGCUGAGGGUUGAGGAUGAAGAGGCGCAAAAAACGUGGCCUCUCGGCACUCCUGUGUCACGAUCGGCUUUGCCACCCUUCGCCAGUAUCGAGCGCGUCCUCUCACCCGUCCUGCCUCCCUCACUGCUGCGGUCGUCAUUUGAAUUGUGCCGGUGGCGGUGCUGCCAUCCCUACUUUAACCUCCAGUUUGAGUUGUUUGCAUUGUUGUACCUGUGACUUAGAUCCCUUGCAUGAAAGCUCUUUUCUCUGUUACGAUAUUCUAGCCCACUCUUGCUGUGAUCUUGAAGUGCAUGUAGCGGUAUUAAACACGCUCUGUUUAAGGCUGUCCACCUGUGCCCAGUACAACGGUCCCUUCCUGCAGGUGUCCCCCCUCAUCCCCCACAGACAAGGCUUCCGCCCACCCUAGACCAGGUCCCUGACGUGCUCAGAUCAGUCUGCCUCUUAUGAGCUUACUUUAAUUCUCGUCCAUUGGUUAAAAUGUCAAAUUGGACCCACCUAGCUGGUGUGACAGUUGGCAUUAUUAAUUCUCUACUCCAGUUACUGAGCGUACUUUUAAAAAUCUGUUUACUCAUGGUACUAGGAGGCAAAUCCCCUUGUUUCAAGUCUGAAUGUACAACAUCAGUGGCAUCGAGCUUGGGCACUGUUGGGAGUCUUUUUGAAAUGCCAGUCUGGCCUUUUAAUGUUGCACUAAAGGAUCAAAAGUUCUCAUCUUAUUGGUCAGAUUGUGUUCUGUGGCUUCUUUAAACUGUAAACCUUCAGCAUGCACACUUUGAUCUGUGCUUUAAAAUUUUUUUUUUUUUAAACUCUACCCCUGUAUCUACAGGAAGCUUCUACAACUUUCAACCCCAUCAUGCAGCAUUCAAAUUCCACAUUCAUGUGAAAAAACCGAAUGUCGCACAGGGCGUGCAAAGUGGCCUGCCCAGCCAUCUUUCGAAUGUACAUUUCUCUGGAAAAGAAAAAAGCCUGGAACAGGAUUGAGCUGAAUGUACGACUCUAGACAAGGUGCUCACAAUGCCCUCUGCUGACCAGCCAUUGUUCAGACCUAACCCACUGAGAGCCAGCCCUCCUGGCUGCACCUGCUGUGUCCAGCUCUGAAAGGAAAUAAUGAAUCAGACACUUUUUGCUUUAGUUGCCCAGCAAAGCAUUUUUUUUUUUUUUUUUUUUUUCCCCCCACAUAAUAUCCAUCCUGUCUCUUUCCGCCCCAUACAGAAAUGUAAGCACACAAUAGAGGCCCACUAGUCUGAGCAUGCCAGGGUGAUCCCAGAUCAUUCCACACAUAACCACUGCAUAAACUGCCAUUUUAUGAAAUUUAUUGUGCCCCACUUUUUUUUUUUUUUUUUUGUUUGGGUCAAUGCCCUUUGUUCAGGGGGGAAUCCUGACACACUGCAUGUGACUAGUGCUGUGUUGCUUGACAGUGUAAUGUAGCGCUGUCUCUUCCUCUUCUGUCAGGUCUGUGUGCAUCACCUUCCUUUUGUUUUACAAGCUGACAGUUGGAACCACCCCAUCCUGAUUUUUUUUUUUUUUUUUUUUGUUUGUUUUUUUUUUUUUUUAAUUUAUUGGAAGGGUUUGUUUUGGGUUUUUAAAAUAUUUCUUUUGGUCCCCCACCUUUAACUCGGGCUGUAUUUCAGGCUUCAGAUGGUGCUGAAAGCUGGGUGGGGGUUCUGAUUUGUUAAUAACCUACAUCCAAGGUUUGGCUUCUGCCAGAGAACGCAGUUUGAAUUGUGCCCACAUGACUGUAGUCUUAACCCGCUUUCAGCGCUUGAUGACGCCACCUAAAGCACUUGGCGUGCUAGUUGAGGCAGUAGUUGGUAUAUUUGUUCAUGUAAGGACUGGAACUUGAGAAAGUUGACCUCUAGUUUGGCUACAUGUCUUUGGGGCUUUUUUUUUUUUUUUUUUCUAUCCCCCCCUCUCCAACUUGUCAAAUGACUUGUGAUGGUAGUCUGCCAUUACUUUGGGUUUUUUUUAAUUAUUUCAUCUAGCACUGUUCAGAAAUGGUUUAUUACAAGCUGUUGAAUUAACUACAUUUUAGCCUUGUUGUUGUGGGUUUUUUAAUAUGGUGAACUCAAUGCAUUUUGCAGUUUAAUGGUAACUGAAUUUUAUACAAAAUAUUUUGUAUUUCUGCUGCGGACCAAUCUUUUUUUUUUUUUUUUUUUUUUUUUUCCCCUCCCUUUCUGCCCUUUUGGUUGUAGAUGUGUUUUGGAAACCAGUGUUCCAACCAAGUUGAAGGAUGACUUUUUUCUUUUUCUUUUCUUUUUCUCAAAGUUGACUAAAUCAUGUUUUGUUUUGUGAAUCUGAGGAAAGGGAAGCCAGGAAAGCCUCCCACGUGGGUGAGAGGGUGCAGUUGUAGGAUGUACUGAAGGAGCAACUUUGCUGUUCUAAUUCAUUCUUUCUGUUCUUUGGAUGGUCAAGAUGUGCUAAAUAUCUGUGCUAUGAGCUUGAUGCUUCAAUAAAAGAUACUUAAAGCA